AGCCUACAACCUCCAGGACUUGGGCCAUGAUACUGUGACUGCCAACCUCCUCCUCCAUCACCCACCAGACUUGCGCACCUAUGACAUUGCCACAGAAAUCCUCUCCGACCUCGGUGUUACCACCGUCCGUCUUCUCACUAACAAUCCGGAUAAAAUAGAGCAAAUCGAAGCCGAUGAGAUCAAAGUGAUUCAACGAAUUCCCAUGGUGCCGAAAGCAUGGCGGGAAGGGAAAGUCGAUAAGGAGAAACAAGGAAGCGAGCUUGAUAACUAUUUGAGAGUCAAGGUCGAGAGGAUGCGGCAUCUGUUAGAUAUACCUGAAAAUUUGUUAACGCAAGAAUCAGUCUUAUCAAAUUUUUGGAGAAAUUAG